AAAGGCGCCAACAAAGAAGAAGUGAAGGAUCUAGGCACGUAAACCUGCCAUCUUCUUCGCAUAUUGCCAUACAUUGAGCAUAUAUCCGUCCGGAGUUGCCAUAGACUGUGCUGUCCUUGUCCCUAAUCUAUUAAAACAUGCCAGAAGAAACUCCAGCUUCUGCCAGUGCCGUAAGCAUGGAUGAGAAACCCUGUUCAUCGAAUGCAGCGGCUGCAGCAGAUGGCCUAGAGGAUGUACUGGAAGAGGCCAAGAAACUGAUUGGAACUGGAAAUAGACACAUGGUCAUGGGGGAUGUGGUCUCUGCAGUCGGUGUGUUCCAGGAGGCCUGUGGGAUGCUGGCUGAGAAGUAUGGUGAUACUGCUGAUCAGUGUGGAGAAGCAUUCUUCCUUUGUGGAAAAGCCCUACUGGAACUCGCCAGGAUGGAGAAUACUGUUCUUGGCGAUGCUUUGGAGGGAGUUCCAGAGGAGUCUUCUGAAGAGGGUGAAAAGCAGAAUGACUCAAAGAUUGAAAGUGCUGAUAACCUAGAUGAAGAAACGAGGGAUGAGCUUCGAGUGCAGGUUUACGAUGCUAUGGCUGAGAAGACAAACAUGAAUGGCGAUGCAGAGAAAGCCAAAGGAACACCGGACGAAACUGCAGAAGUAUCUAAAGAAAAGGGGGAAGAGGUGGAGGGUACAGAAGAGCCAGAGGAAAUGGUGGUAGACGCAAAGCCUGAAGAACCUACAGUCUCUGAGAAGGUUGCAGAAGAGAAACCAAAGAUGGAAGAGAAGCCGGUGGUGGAAGAGAAGCCUGAAGAAACUACAGUCUCUGAGAAGGUGGAAGGAGAGAAACCAAAGAUGGAAGAGAAGCAGCAGGUGGUGGAAGCAAAGCCUGAAGAAACUACAGUCUCUGAGAAGGUGGAAGGAGAGAAGCCGGUGGUGGAAGCAAAGCCGGUGGUGGAAGCAAAGCUUGAAGAAACUACAGUCUCUGAGAAGGUGGAAGGAGAGAAACCAAAGGUGGAAGCAAAGCCGGUGGUGGAAGCAAAGCCUGAAGAACCUACAGUCUCUGAGAAGGUGGCAGAAGAGAAGCCAAAGGUGGAAGAGAAGCCAAAGGUGGAAGAGAAGCCUGAAGAACCCAAAGGUCUCCCAGAGAAAGAGGAUGAAGAGAUGGAGAAGGAUCUUCCAGAAGAAGAGGGCGAUGCGUCUGCCACCAAGUCUCCCAUAGAGGAUGGGGUGAAGGAUAAAGUUGAAACGACUGCCUCUGAGGACAAGGUGGAGAAUGGUGUAAAGAAGUCUGAAGAAAAUGGUCAUGGGGAGACGAAGGAGGAUGACAAGAUGGACGAAGGAGAUGAUGAUGACGACGACGAUGAUGAGGAUGAAGACGAAGAAAAUGCUGAGGAUAAGGAGAGUGAGGAUGAAGUGGGAAACCUUCAGCUGGCUUGGGAGAUGUUGGAGGUGGCUAAAGUAAUCUACAAAAGGAAAGAAGGCAAGGAGGACCUGAUGAUGGCGCAGAUCUUCUUGAAACUAGGAGAAGUUGGUGCUGAAUCUGGGAACUAUGGUCAAGCCCUUGAAGACUUCCAGGAGUGCUUGGCCCUGCAGCUCAAACACCUGUCACCCCACAGUCGUCUACUGGCAGAAACUCAUUACCAGCUUGGCAUAACCUUCAGCUUCACAAACGAGUAUAAACAGGCCAUCGACCACUUCAACAGCUCUAUUAAAGUGAUCGAGACCAGAGUGGCCAUGCUCCAGAAGGUGAUUGAGAAGGCGGAGGAGACCGUAAAGGAAGACCAGACCGAGCUGGACGAACUGACGCAGCUGCUGCCUGAGAUCAAGGACAAGAUUGAGGAUGCCAAGGAGAGCCAGAAGACCGCUGCUGCUGCUUCUGUUGCCAUUCAGCAGACCAUGGGUGGUGCCUCCACAUCCUCUGCAUUCCCAACUGAAAAUGGUGGAGCUUCCUCUUCCUCCUCCACGGUCAACCAGAUUUCAGUCAAGCCAUCCAAGCCAGCAGAGGGGGCUGCGUCCUCCAAAUCCGCAUCGGACAUCUCCCACCUGGUGAAGAAGAAGAGGAAACCAGAGGAGGGGAGCCCAAAACAGGCCAGUGAAGCUAAAAAGGUCAAACAGGAGGCUACUACAGUAAAUGGCAGUGGGGACUCCGCAAGCAACGGCAAAGGAGUUCAGGAGAAAAAGGAACAGGAGGCCUCAGCGUGAUUCCAUUUCCCUGGCAACUGACCAGUCAUCCCUCUACCAGCAGAGCAUGCUUAGCCCCUUCAGAUAAAACCUCUGUGUUGUAAAUAAGUCCCUUUUUCGUCACUAUGAUCUUUUCUUCUUUGUCCAAUUUUUGUAAAAUUGUAGUAAAAAAAUGAAAUAAAGAAUAUUUGCAAAGCAA